CUCACUAUACAUGACUGAACUUCGAAGAUUGACUGCUAAGUAGCGCUUUAAUCAGCGUAAAUUUUAGGCUUCAAGGUAUUGCUUCUUCUUAAAAGAUCGUAAUAUUUUCUAACCUGCUGCAUUGACUGCGAUGCUAAAUAUUUCAUACUUCUGAUUUUAUGUAUAAUCUAAUUUCUAAUUCGAAAUGCCCAAAAAAUCUGGUAAAUCUGUGUGGGGUAAUCGAGGUGGACGAGCAAAUAAUACUGAAGAGAAACAUUACUUUGGACAUGAUGAUAGACUUGUCAGAAUGGAAGGAAGAUUAUACAGUAAUAGGCCUCGUGUAUCAUUUAAGCCACAACCAAGGCCUAAUAGAGAUAUACCAAGAAGUUUAUUAGAGGCUUAUUUAGAUGACGAUAUUGCAAUGAGUGCAAAUUCAAAUAAUAACAAUAACAGACAAGUUAUUGUAAGAGGAAGAGGAAGAGGCUUGUCUAGAGGUAGAAAUAGUCCUUUACCACAUAGAGGUUUUCGAGGAGGUAUACUUCCUAGACCACAACUUACCCUUGGAGAAGCUAAUUGGUACAAAAUUAUUAUACCAUAUGGACAAAAAUAUACAAAAGAUUAUGUAAUAAAUAAUCUUUUGAGUUAUAUCACUCCAGAAACUUUUGUGCCGAUUAUGUACAAAGCUAUGGGAAGUGAAGCUGUUUUCUACGUCGAUGAUCACAAAACAGCAAAUGCACUUCUUAAUUGUGAUCGUAAAAUUACAACAACGGAAGGUUUUAAGCUUCAAGUUAGAGUUAAACCAGGAUUUCCUCAAUGUGAAAUUAAUGAUAAAUUAAAAGAAAGAUUAAAGCAAGCUAUGGUAAAACGAUAUGUUCAAGAAAACAAUGCUUUAGAUUUGUCAAGAUUUCAUCAGGAUCCAGAUCUUGUUGCUGACUAUUUUUGUGCAUUGUUUCGACCAGUUAUGUUACUAACUGUACUGGACAUUGUCUCAGAACAUAUUCCCACAUUAGAAGCUUUAAAUUUAGAUGGCAACAAACUUAAUUUAAUUGAAAGACUCAAUGUGCUUCACAAAAAAUUUCCAAAAUUGAAAAUAUUGUAUAUAGGUGAUAAUAAGAUAAGAGAAAUUAAUCAAUUGGAUGUUUUAAAAGAUGUGAAACUAGAAGAGUUACGGCUAGCUGGAAAUCCUGUGUGCAUCAAGUAUAAAUCUCGACAGAGUGAUUAUAUUAGUGAUGUGCGGAAAAGAUUUCCCAAGCUCCUGAGACUGGAUGGUAUGGAGUUACCACGUCCAAUCUUAUUCGAUGUUGCGGAUGAUACAUCAAAGAUACCUCCUACCCAACGAAUAUUCACUACAGACACCAAGGCCCAAGAAGUAGCAAGUCAAUUUCUGCAACAGUAUUUUAUGAUUUUUGAUAGUGCUAACCGCCAACCACUGUUGGAUGCUUAUGAUGAACAUGCAUGCUUCAGUUUAACAGUAACUACUCAUCCUCAUAAUCCGAAUAAAUUGAGUACAUACAUCUUGGAAAAUAGAAAUUUAUUUAGAGUAAACGAUACUAACAAAAGACAAAAAUUAUUAAAACAAGGAAGAUUGCCUGUGGUUUCAUUUAUCUCAGAAAUGCCACAAACUAGACAUCAUUUACAUACAUUCACAAUGGAUAUUACUUUAGUUACUGAAGGAAUAAUGUUAAUCACAGUAACAGGAUUAUUUAAAGAGCUGAAUAGUAAAGAUGAACCUUUACGAUAUUUUAACAGGACAUUUAUUAUAGUGCCAAAAGGAAACGGAUAUUGUAUUCUUAACGAACAGUUACAUAUCAGUCAUCCAACUGAAAUGCAACAUAAACUUUUAUCAAAUCAUCCUGCAGAAGCACAAAUGUCUGAAGGCCCCUCGAUAUCUAAAACAUCAAAUUCUGGUGUAGAAGCAACAGUUCCUCAAUUAUCAGAAGAAGUAAAACAACAAAUGACUGUAACAUUAAGUCAGCAGACAAACAUGAAUCUGGAAUGGAGUUUAAAAUGUUUGCAAGAAGUUCAGUGGAAUUAUGAAAAUGCUGUAUCUGCAUUUCAAGAAUUUUUUAAGCGAGGACAAAUACCAUCAGAAGCGUUUAGUAAGUAAAUUUUGCUAUCACUAAAAAGGUAGAAAGAUGUUUCAGAUUCAUGUCUUUCUGCUUGAAGACAUAUUACUUAAUAUGAAUAAGGUGCUGAAGUCUUGGGUAUUCAUAAAAUUUCAUAAUAAUAUUUUAUAUUUCAUUAAUUUUAACUAAAGAAAAAUGAAAAAACAAUUAAAUGUUUUUAAUUCAUUAUUCUUUAGAUAAGAUGUUUAUUCAAGACAUUUGCAAUUAAACAUAGAUUAGAAUAUAGUAUACAACAUCAGCUUUAAGUUUAUAUUCUAAAUCAGAGAUGUGCAAACUUUUUGUGGAAAAAGAAAUUAUUUUCCUACUAUUGUUAUUUUAUUAUUUCUAUUAGAGUAUGCUGACUUCUCCAGCAUUUUCAAAUGCUAUAAAUCACAUAUGAUCUCUUUAUUUGUAGACGAAAGAUAUCAUAGUGUGGUAAAAUAAUAACAGUAAAUAAACGCUUGCUGCUCUGGCAUGCAAUCAUGAAAGGCAGUAACUCCAAGAGAGUUAAUUAAAAAAAAACACCUUCAAAGUUUUUGAGGAGUUAUUUUAGACUUGUCAAAAAAAUCAAACGAGAACAAAUUUUUCGAAAAUACUGCCUUUAUUCUUUUUAUUGGUACAAAAUGCUUUUCUUUAUGAUGUAGUACCCUGAAAACGUAAAAGCAGUAUUUAAUUUUCUCGAAUAAUAUUUUGUAGGAUUUUUUUUUUUACUGCUUUUCUUUAUAGCAUGUGAUAGAGCUUUUCAAGACAAGUCCAAGUAUAAAUAAGUCAGAAUGUCAAAAAAUCAUAAAUACUGCUUUUGUUAAUUGCAUGACAGCGUUGGUAGAAGUGAGAAUUCGCUAAAGAAAAAUAAAAUAAAUAGUGAGAAUAAGGAAUAAUUGGCUCUGUGAGCCAACUUUGCACAUCUCUGUUCUAAAUAAUACAAAAAAUGAAAAAAUAUCACUUAAUAUUUUUUCAAUGCAACUAUAUGUCAUCUUUACAAAAAUUUCACUUUGCAAAUUACAUAUAACAUAUUGCUGCAUAUGCAAUAUCUGCAAAUUGCUUAUUAUUAUAUUUCUGUUGGUUAUUCAUGAUUUAUAAUAUUUUAUUACAUUGAUAAAAAAGAUUCAGCUUAAUUUUUAUAUUGUAUCAUCAUGAAUAGUCACUUUUGAUUACAAAGCUAUACAUGAAAUAAAUUCUUUUCCAUGUUUGAUAUAGCUAUAAAAUAUUUGAUCUGAUGGUAUAUAAUAUGUGGUGUGUGUGUGCAAAAUAAGAAAAAAUACUUUGUUUCUUUUUCUUUGUACAUAAAUCUAAUCAUAUGUUACAAAUAACACAUGUCAUCUACAUAUUAUAUUUGUCUAUCCUAUUUAUAAACUUUCAGAGUUAUAUGUGAAAAUGAAGUUUCAAAGUAUUACGUAUGUAAUACUAUUUUACCUAUAUUGCUUACUAUGUUUGUUUCACAAUUUAUAUAAGUUAAAUUUGAAAAAAUAAAUUUCUUAAGAAUGUACUUCAGCAUACAUAGUAAUAAUAUAUACUUAUAUUAUAUCACUAAAAUAUUUUAUAAGAGAUUAAUAUUACUCUGAAAGUAAAAUUACUCACACACACAUACAGUAUGUCAUUACAAGAUAAAAAAAAAUUGUUUAGUAAUAUAUUAAUUUUAAAUAAGCAAUAUACGUAAACAAAUUUUACAUAUCUCAAGACAAAAUAUUCGAAAAAACUCUAAGGAUACGUAAAUUACAUAAAUUUUUCAAUAAUUCACAGAUGAGAUAUGUAUAAUUAUAAUAUCAACGCAGAUCAAUUAUUCUUAAACGAACAUAGUAAACAAAUUUUAUUUAAUUUUAUGGAAGUAAACAGAAAUUACUAAAAAUUGUUUUAAUUACAAAAUUUUGUUAGAUUUAUACAAUAGAUGCGUAAUUACUCAUACAAAAAAGGUGAAUUUAUGGAAACCAAUGCUAUAGAUAUAUUAUAAGAAUUUCUACAUUUUUGCAGGAAAAUUUAAAGUAAAAUGUGAGUAUAAAUUGUUCGUAAAUAUCUGAAGUUUUUUUUACCUUUUUAUCGUAUUUUUAUGAUUAUAAUUAUUAUCACAUCAUUAUUAUUAUUAUUAUUACU